AUGGGAAACGAAACUGACAGCAAUGAGGACAACGAUGAGGGUUUCUAUAGUGGAUUCAGAGGCCAGGGAAAACAGGGAGGAAAUUUCGGUCAAGGACAAGGCCAGGGACAAGGCCAAGGACAAGGCCAGAGACAAGAUCAAUCAGGUGCCCAAGGGCAAGGCCAGUUCAGUCAAAGAGGCCAGCAGGGACAAGGACAAGGUCAAGUUCAAUCUGGUGGCCAAGGGCAGGAUAGGGCUUUCGGUAACGGUCAGAACAGCCAACGAGGUCAAAAUGGACAAAACAGUGGCUCCCAAGGACAAGGUCAAUUCGGCAGUCUAGGACAACAGAGAACACAAAAUGGACAAACUGGACAACAGGGUUUCUACGGUGGAAUCGGAUCUCCAUAUAUUGGGCAA